CGCUCGCCGGGCUCGGCCUGGUUUCCUUCGGAGUAUACAUAUAGACGAGUACUGGCAUACUGGUCCGCUGCACCUCUUUAUACCUGUGCAACCGUCGAACCGGUUGUUGACUCGGCGAACCCAAGCACUUAUAACCCGAGCAUCCCGUCCUCUCCUCUUGGACGCUGGACUGCCCUAGCUUUCUGCUUCACCACUUUCCUCCCCACUUAACCUCUCUACGUUUGCCCUCAAUACCUUGCUGUGAUGCAGUUACACACCGCGCUUGACGCGACAUUCAUCGGUUCACUCAGACGCAGACUCUCAAACCGCGGGAGGGCACGCUCUCACAGCCGAAGUUCCUCGCUCCUUUUCCUCGACAUGUCUGAACACGUCGAUUGGAUGACACGAACAGACGAAUCUCUCGACGACCCAGCCACAACUCCCGCUCACACCUUACUCAUAUUCGAAGUCCCGGAUUUACAAUCUGUAUGCUUCAACCACGGUGAACGACAAUUUCGGGUUGAGAGGCCACAGGCGAUUACCGUGCGCGACGUGUUGUUCGAGCUGGAUGCGUUCUUGCACCGACGUGCACCUAUGCUCGUUGGCAACUUCACUACACUCACCGAUGAGAAGAAGAGGAUGCUGCUUGGUGACUUGGGAGACCGGGAGGAAGCCCCGAGGGUGGAAAUUGUCAAUUUACAUUCGGUUGCGACGGCGACGACGACGGGCACGCCGGAUAGUAGCGAGAGCAGCCUUGCGUCUGCGGCGAGUACCAGUAGACCUGGAAAAGACUCAGGCGAGAGUGUGAUAAGGCGGUGGCUAGGAGAUAAGACUGUAUUUGCUGGCCUCAGGUGCUCGGAGAACCAUGAUUUCAAGCUGAUCGUGAGGAUGGCGAAGCCAAAUGGGAAAACCUCGCUUACCGGGUGACCGGAAUUUUUUCUAUGGCCUUCGCGUUUCGGGCUAUCGACGUGUGUGUGCUAUUUUUAUUUUACUAUUUGGAUAAGAAUCAAUUGUAAACAUAAUAAAUACUCAGGCAUUAGCAAUGGUCUCGAACGUUCGCAUGCAAAACCUGUGUACAUUAUUACAAUGCACUACAAUAAGAAUAUCUGUAUAUGCUGUACGAUUAGCAUUUU